CUCUCUGGUCUCUUCCUGCUCCCGUUAAUCUCACGGUUAGCUCGUUGAACUUCCAACAUGUCCUCCGCUGGGACCCGGGACCCGGCAGUCCUCCAGGGACACGCUACAGAAUCUUCAGAGGCCACCAUCGGCCCUCCAGUCUUCUCAUUGGCUGGAUGUGGAACCUGUAUCCAGGGGAACAUCUCACUUCCUUUCCCAGACAGGAAGCAGUUUGACCCUUCAUUCAUGGUGUGGUGGAGGAAAGAAAAGAACGAUAAGGAAGAUCAUCUGGAGACCAGAAACAGGAGUUUUAUUCUUACAAACCUGGAGAGAGGAGCCAAGUUCUGCGUCAGGAUCAAAAUAAAGACCCGGUUAAACCCCAACACCCUGCUGUCUAACUGGUCCUGCACCUUCAGCAGCCCAGAGGAACCAGACACAGAGAUGCUGCUGACAGGUGUGGUUUCUGCUCUGCUGGUUUUUGUCCCUGUGGUUCUGACCAUGGUGCUCCUCUGUCUCCGCUACACCGGAUUCAUCUGUAAACGGAGGAAAGCCAGGCCCCAAGCUCUGAUGUUUCUGAUGAAAGGCUCGGCGGGUCACGUGACUUCUCAUCAACCGCUUCCUGUGGUGGUGCCUUCACGAGCCGUCCGACAUUUAGUCCGCCGGUCUGAGCGUGUUCAGAAGGGAAUCGUGGCGCGGUUUAGAAAGUUCCGGGCGUCAGUGAAGGCAGCACCGCUACGUUUCUGUGCAGCAGAUGAACCGAAGCGACGUCUUUACCGGAUAGAUUAACGGAGUAAAUUGUACCUGUACACCGGCUGGAUUACCGGUGGCAGGUGUMUCUGAAAGGACCGGUCUUAGUCCAGACCCAGUUAGGGUUUAUCAUUUACAGCAGCUCUGCUUUUAUCUGCUAGCCUCAGCUAGCUAAUGAGCUAGCUUCUGAGUGGGCGCGUGUGUGUUUUUGUUGUUGUUGUUGUUGUUGUUGUUGUUGUUGUUCGGUAAUAUUCGGUGUUUUCCGGCCCGGACCGGACUGGAUGGUGUCCGUGAGUCGUCCUGAUGCUGUUGGACUUUGUGUUGAGAAGGAAAAUGAAAGCAGUGAGGUCCAGAAGUACUGACGGAGGUUCUUGAGGAGAUGCUCAAACGUCAUGUC